AUGUCAACAAGGCCCCCACUGGUGCAAGUGAUUGAAAAUUCAGCUGGGCAGGAGCAGAAGUCGUCAUCAGGCCGAUUCAGCAUGCCGCGAUGUCGGAACUCGGUGGUUACGACCACAUCAGAUGAGCAGCCACACAUCGGUACCUAUCGGUUACUGAAAACCAUCGGCAAAGGCAACUUCGCCAAGGUCAAACUGGCCCGGCACGUCCUGACUGGAAAAGAGGUGGCUGUAAAGAUCAUAGAUAAGACACAGCUCAACUCUUCCAGUUUGCAAAAGCUCUUCCGGGAGGUGAGAAUCAUGAAGAUGUUGAAUCACCCCAACAUAGUGAAGCUCUUUGAGGUGAUAGAGACAGAGAAGACUUUGUACCUGGUAAUGGAGUACGCAAGUGGAGGAGAGGUCUUUGAUUACUUGGUGGCCCACGGCCGGAUGAAGGAGAAGGAAGCACGUGCCAAAUUCAGACAGAUCGUGUCAGCUGUGCAGUAUUGCCAUCAGAAGUGUAUAGUUCACAGAGACCUCAAGGCAGAGAACCUUCUGCUGGACGCAGACAUGAACAUCAAGAUAGCAGACUUUGGCUUCAGUAAUGAGUUUACUCUCGGGAACAAGCUGGACACUUUCUGUGGCUCCCCGCCCUACGCAGCUCCGGAGCUCUUCCAGGGGAAGAAGUACGAUGGGCCUGAAGUGGACGUGUGGAGCCUGGGAGUAAUCCUCUACACGCUGGUCAGCGGCUCCCUGCCAUUUGAUGGACAAAACCUCAAGGAACUGAGGGAGCGUGUGCUGCGUGGUAAAUACAGGAUUCCUUUCUACAUGUCCACCGACUGUGAGAACUUGCUUAAAAAGUUCCUGAUCCUGAAUCCUUCCAAAAGAGGCAGCCUCGAGCAGCAGAUAAUGAGGGACCGAUGGAUGAAUGUGGGCUAUGAGGAGGAGGAGCUCAAACCCUACAUUGAACCCCAGCCAGAUUAUAAGGACCCCAGGAGAACAGACAUCAUGCUGCAGAUGGGAUAUUGUCAAGAGGAGAUCCAGGACUCAUUGGUGAACCAGAAGUAUAAUGAAGUGAUGGCGACAUACCUGCUUUUGGACUAUAGGAACUCUGAGCUGGAAGAAGGUUGUAUCAAGCCACGGCUAGGAAGUGAUGUAAGCAACAUAAAUGCACCCUCCCCGUCUCACAAGGUACAGCGCAGCGUGUCAUCCAACCAGAAGCCUCAGAACCGCAGAGCCACUGACCAGGGCUCCUCCUACUCCAAGAGGGGAGGGCAGGCAGACAACCGCUCUGCAGUUGAUGAAUCUGGGAGGAAAAGUUCUUCAGGCAGCUCUACUACCAAGGUGCCGGCCAGCCCUCUGGUCCCCUCUGACCGCAAGAAAAGUGCUACGCCCUCCACUAAUAGCAUCCUGUCCACCGGCACCAGUCGCAGUCGGAACUCUCCGCUGACUGAGAGAGCCACGCUGGGCCAGAGUAUUCACAACGGAAAGGACAGCCUAAACACUCCGGGCUCCCGUGCGUCCACUGCCUCAGCUGCUGCCGUCCUCUCCUCCUCCUCCUCCUCCUCCUCCUCGCGUUCCCGCCACCACAAGUCCCUGUCCUCCUCCAAUCAUCCAUGCCCCUUUGACCAGCACGCACCACGGGCCAGUGCUGCUCCGCAGCGGGCGCCCGGUGCCUCCCCGUCUGCCCACAACAUCAGCAGCGCAGCAGCGUCGGACCGAACCAACUUCUCCAGAGGGGUGGCCAUCCGCAGCACGUUCCACGCAGGCCAGCAGCGGGGCGCCCGGGACCAGCAGGGCUCGGCCUACCCCGGCGGCCCGGCCUCCCCAUCACUCUCCCAUGGCAACAGCCAGGCCCGCCAGACACACGGGGCCACAGGGAUUUUCAGCAAGUUCACUUCCAAGUUUGUGCGCAAAAAUCUCUCGUUCAGGUUUCCAAGAAGUCCGUAUGAGGGAGAGGGUCGGGAUGAGGGAAGCAGGUCGGUGCUGAGCAGUGCCGUGGACAAGUCGGAGAAGACGUCAGGCGGCGUUCUCUCCUCCUCUUCCAACAACGACGAGAACAACUCCUCGCCAGGAUCUGGGAACACCGGUGGCACGGGAACCCCUCCGGCCAACGCCAGCCAGAAGGACCCCGGGAAGCCGCGCUCGCUGCGCUUCACCUGGUCCAUGAAGACCACCUCCUCCAUGGAGCCGGCGGAGAUGGUGCGGGAGAUCCGCAAGGUGCUGGAGUCCAACAGCUGCGAGUACGAGAUGCGCGACAGCUACAUGGUCAUGUGCAUGUCGGGCAACCCGGGCUGCGACAACUUCGUCCAGUGGGAGAUGGAGGUGUGCAAGCUGCCCCGCCUCUCCCUCAACGGCGUGCGCUUCAAGCGCAUCUCGGGCACCUCCAUCGCCUUCAAGAACAUUGCCUCCAAGAUCGCCAACGAGCUGAAACUGUGA